AACAUUAAAAAACUUUCAAACACAAUUUAAAAGAUGUUGCAUAGUAUUAUCACAGCAUAAUAAAACGAUAACUGUAGUAACUUUUAGAUAAAAACAUGUUGGAAAGCAGCCUAACUGUGCUUCGCAGUUUCGUUCAGACACGUUUUUUCCCGUUAUUCGUUUAUUAAGUGUACUCAGCGUUUUAUCGCAGAUUUCAGACCCCAUCAACCCCUUUGCAAAAGGGGGGGUGAAGAAAUCCACGUAGGAGUGUCCCGGGCCCUCCUCAAACAGAAAAGCCCUUGUGAACACACACAGGGGGUUCUUAUUUGACCACGUGACCGUGUAUCCAAGGAUAGCCCAAAACUUGGAAACCGCCGAGUAAUGGACAUGUUUCCCAGCAUGAUUUACCGGAGAAAAACGCACAUGGAUAUACUUGAAUAAAAAGUAUUUAGGAAAUGCUAGAAGAGUGAAAUGACUUUGGAACCGUUUAGCAUAUGAAUUCCUGUUUAGAAAUGCCUAAAUGGGAAGUUCGUUUUCAGUGAAAGGUCUCGCUUUGUUCGUGGAAACAAGUGCAUUAAGUCUAUAUUACAGGAUUGAUAAACCUUUUUCUUUCGUGUAAUUUGAGUGAUAGCCUAUUCCCUCAAGUAAAUGAGCGCAGUGCUUUGGAGUUUUUAUUUUCGCACAGGAACAAUGUGUACCAGACGCAAUCAUUUAGGAUGCUCCAGAUGAACCAGUUCCGUUCAGUAAGAUGAAUUGUAGACCUAGGUUCUGACAUGAGAUGAACCCAAAACAGUUGGCAGAAGUGACUAAAUAGCAGUCUGUGGAGGGAUUUCCGAAAGAAAAGUUCAUUUGAGGAUGAGGAACAAGUACGCAAUCAUCAUCAUCUGCAUUGUGGCACUUGUCAUCAUUGAAAAGGAAAACAAUAUUAUUUCAAGGGUCUCAGACAAGCUGACUCUCCGACGGACGCAGGAGCAUCCAGUGCCCUACAAUGCUUCCAAUACUCUGGUAGCAACAGGGUACAACAGUUCCUAUCUAGAGAGCAUAUAUGGUAAAAAUGGCAGUCAAGCAGGCCGAAAGCACAUCCUCCUAAUGGCCACAACACGGACAGGAUCUUCCUUUGUGGGCGAGUUCUUUAACCAACAGGGCGACAACAUGUUUUACCUCUUCGAACCACUCUGGCAUGUGGAGAGGAUGCUAUCUAUUGGCUCGAGUGGCACAAAUGGCAGCAUGUCUGUUUGGAUGUACAGGGACGUCCUGCAGCAUCUUUUCCUGUGCAACUUCUCAAUGUUGGAGCGCUUCAUCAGUCCUCCUCCGCGGGAUCACGUUACCCCUUCCCUGUUUCGCAGAGAGUCCAGCAAAGCCCUCUGUGAGGAGCAAGUUUGCUCUCCAGUCGUAAAGUACAUUUUUGAGAGAUACCAUUGCAAGACAAGACGUUGUGGGCCUCUUAAUUUGACCAUGGCGUCCGAGGCUUGUCUAGCAAAACAUCACAGGGUGAUCAAAACAGUUAGAGUACGUCAACUAGACACACUCCGUUCUCUAGUAGAGGACCCUCGGCUGGAUGUCAAACUCAUACAGCUUGUGCGAGACCCUCGAGCUAUCCUGGCUUCGAGGAUGGUGGCGUUUGCUGGCAAGUACCAGAACUGGAAAAGUUGGGCUGUCAAUGGGGAAGUGCCAAUAGAGGAUGAAGAGGUUAAGCGUCUUGAAGGAAAUUGUAACAAUAUCCGAAUCUCCGCCGAGCUGGGCUUAAGUCAACCCAAAUGGUUGAAAAAACGCUAUAUGUUGGUACGUUAUGAGGAUAUCGCCCGGUACCCCAUGCAGAAAGCAGCAGAAAUGUACAAUUUCACAGGCAUCCCGAUGACGACACAAGCAAGGGACUGGAUCCUCAAGAACACACACGCAUCAGAAGCAAACGGAGUCUAUUCAACCCAAAAAAACUCUUCAGAACAAGUGGAGAAAUGGCGGCUCAGUAUACCAUUCAAACUUGCACAAGUUGUACAAAAAGUCUGUGGACCGACCAUGAAACUUUUUGGGUACAGGUUUAUAGACAGUGAACAAACACUUUUAAACAAAUCUUUCAGUGUGCUGGAAGAAAAGCAAUUCAUUUAGUCCUGAAUUGUUUUUGAAUUGGUUAAGGAAAACCAAGCAUGAAUUGCUAUAUGCAUAGCAGACACACACUGGCACAAUGUAGCACACUGGGACAUUGCUUAAGUCCAAAGUAUACUUCAUUUUUAUAUAUGCUUGCGGGGCAGGGCUCCAGACUAACUUUUGAGAGCAGUGGCACUGGUGCUGCUAAGCUCUACAGAUAAUGACACAAACACCAGAUUUGUUAGUGCUGCAUGUAAUUGUAAUUACAAGUUUUGUCUCUUAGAAAUACACAUUUAACAGUAGACUGAGUUAAGAGCUAAAAUCCAGAUAUACACAGUAUAUAUUUUCAUAAAUGAAGUACAUUCUAUAAAAAUGCAAUAGAUUCAACUUAUUUAUUUGUUGAUUACAAUGACCACAAGUACCAUUUAACAACCUCACUUCCUUACCAAGUGGUCUAAAUUUUGGAUAUGUGCAUAAUAAAAAGGUUGAUGAAAACACCAAGAUGCGCAUAAAUUUUGAAAAUGUGCAUAAAAAACAUGUGCAUAACUGAGAAGGAUAAACUUUUUAUUCGAUAAGAAACGAUGCGCAUAAACUA